AUGACAUGGCGUACUUCCGUUCCUCGUGUGGUCCACAUCUGGAAGGUCUCCUUCUUCUACCGCAGACGCAGGCAGCCUGCAAGACGUGAGGGCGGAGUCGUCGAGUCUCUUGACGCAUCUCUGUGUGUAGUCGAUGUCGUACCCAACCGGCAUGAAGUCAUUAUCCGUCGUAGCCUCCCGGCCCCGCGCAGGGCGGUCUGGGCUUUGGCCUUGGUUUCCCUCUUCCCCUUCCCUUCAGGGAUUGCGGGUGCCUUGCCCUUCUUCGGAGGCAUAGUGCCAGAAAGUCAGGGUACUAUAGUCACUGUUAGCCAGCCCCUAUGA